UUGGAUAUGGCCGAAUUUGAUCCUGGUUCCUUGCCUGACCUGCUGCCACUCUAUUAUCGCCGCAUCUUCCCCUUCGGCCCUUACGGCAGGUGGCUGCUCUAUGGUGACGUGUCAAAGAAUUACUUUCAGCGGCGAGAGUUCUCAUUCACACUGCAUGAUGAUAUUUAUGUCCGGUACCAGUCUUUCAACACCCCCCAGGAGCUGGAGAAAGAGAUGCAGAAGACAUGUCCUUACAAAAUUGACAUUGGGGCUGUAUAUUCACAUAGGCCUAUCCAACACAACACAGUGCACAUGGGAGCCUUCCAGGCUCAGGAAAAGGAACUUGUGUUUGACAUAGACAUGACAGAUUACGAUGAUGUCAGACAAUGCUGCAGAUCUGCCGAGAUCUGCUCCAAAUGCUGGACUCUCAUGACUCUAGCCAUCCGCAUUAUAGACCGGGCACUUGUGGAGGACUUCGGAAUCAAGCACCGCCUCUGGGUGUACUCGGGACGUAGAGGUGUUCAUUGCUGGGUGUGUGAUGAUUCCGUCAGGAAGUGGUCCACAACUCUCCGCUCUGCAGCAGUGGAAUAUCUAACUCUGGUCAAGGGUGGUGAGGAGACCAUCAAGAAGGUGAUCCUCUCUGACCCCAUUCAUCCAUUCAUCAGGGAGUCACUAAAUGUGGUGAAGGAAUACUUUGAAGAAUAUGCCCUUGUGGGUCAGGACAUACUUGGAAAUAAAGAGAGCUACGAUAAAGUGCUGGCUCUGGUCCCAGAAUCAGUUCGAGAGACACUGCAGAAGGAAUUCUGUAAAAAGCGGAAUUCAAUCCAGCGCUGGGAGCUUUUGAAAACCAAGACAGAAAAGUUCAGUAAAGCACCGUGGGAGAUCAUGUUGCAGUACUGCUUUCCCCGACUGGAUAUUAAUGUUAGCAAAGGAAUCAACCAUUUACUGAAGAGCCCCUUCAGUGUUCACCCGAAAACAGGUCGUAUUUCGGUUCCAAUUGACUUGCAGAAACUGGAUAGCUUUGAUCCAUUUGCUGUUCCCACUAUAAGCCAGCUCUGUCAUGAACUGGAUAAAACUGGCAACGAUCGGGGGGAUGAAGAGCAAAAUGAAGGGGAGCUAGAGAGCCCUCGCAGGAAUAGAGAUUACAGGAAAACCAGUCUGGCUCCAUAUGUGAAAGUUUUUGAACGGUUCCUGGAGGAGAUGGAUAGAUCUCAGAAAGAGGAAAGUCCUAAGGCUAGUGAUGUACAGAUGGAUUUCUGAAGUUUUGAACCCGUGGAUGUGCCACAUUCUCUGUAUCCAGAAAACCCAUCAAGUGCAAACCGUACCAUUCUUGGCUGACUUCUCGUUUUCUUGCACUAACCAAGCCAGUACUCAUUUUUCUACUAAGGGGAGAGGAGGGGUGAUAAAAGUAGACUUGGCAGCUAAAACUUGGUAGCUUGGCAGUUUAGUAGGCUCAAGAGAAAAAAAAAUACAAAUUUUGCUUGAAAUUACUUGCUAGAUUAAAUCAAAAAUAUCCAAAGUUGUUUUUUGAUUAUCCAUGACAUUUGGAUAGCAAACAGAAGGGCUUUAACCAGAUACCGUUUUGAGAGAGAAAUGGGUUUUUCUCUGUCAGUGAGCUUCACUGGUUCAUAUAUGGAAGGAUAAAGAGUCUGCAGAGAUACAGAAGUGAUUAAGGGAUCAAGAAUUCAACACGUAACUUUAAAUUGUGCGAAUAGUUUUAAUUAAGAUUAUGGAGACCUGGGUUCAAAUCCCACUCAUCUGUUUGUAAAAUACAAAAUGAUAGGCUGGACCCAUACUAAAUUUUCCACUAAUGGAAGGCACUUCUAUAAGCAGAACAGAACACACACACCCCCGGAA